UGAAGUAAUCGCUUCCUUUCAAUCAAUUCAAAGACGACACCGAAAGGAUGCGACAACAGAUCGAGGAUAUGAAGACUAGUCCUAAAGUAUUUCAGGCGACCAAGUGUUCGGCCUGUAAGCACCCCCUGGAACUGCCGUCCGUCCACUUCAUGUGCUCCCAUUCCUAUCAUCAGCACUGCUUCGAGAGCUAUGCGGCUGAGAAUGAUUCCGAUUGUCCGCUCUGUUUGCCUGAAAAUAAAAAUCUUAAAUCAAAUCCAAUCGCUUGAGAACAUUAAGAAUGUGAACGAAAUGUUUGACAAACAAAUUCAAGAAACGGACGAUUGUUUUAGCGUAAUAUCCGAUUACUUCAGUCAAGGAUUAUUCAAUAGAGUGACUCUCGUUACGGACGAUGGGAUAGUACAGUCCGGUUCAUCCCAUGCCAGACCCAAG